ACAUUCCUAUUUGGUAAGUCACCCACUUUUCUGCUUACAAAACAAUUACCCACAAACUCUUUACGUUUAAGGUAAGCGUGGAAAAAAAAAAAAAAACCUCUUUGGAAAAUGAGUACGUACUCUUUUCGAAGUUCCAAAUCUGGAAUAUAAGGGCCGGCUAAGCGUCCUUUAUUCCUCCCCGGAGACUUUUCGCUUAUCUAGCUGCCCUGGAGACCAGAGAGCUAGGGAGAGUACGCCCCUUCCCCCGCCUCCCCGUCCGGCAGCCAAGCCUGGCUUAAAAGCCUUAGCCACCGGGCGGCGGAGUUACAAAGGAGAACCUCUGCCUGCCUCCUUUGUCCUGGAUUUGGGAGUUGAGCGCCUUCGUCGCCAUUGGCUUUCCUCCCCCAGCUCCAGCCUCUCUCAUCUUGAGAAUCUGCGUCAGAAGUCACUGGUAGUCCCGCCAGCCCAGCAAGAAGUAAAGCAGAUUACCAGUAAUUUUGAGAGCCUACAGAAACAGCUUACAAGGAAAAUGAAGCUCCCUAUUUUCAUAGCAGAUGCAUUCACAGCGAAAGCAUUUUAUGGGAAUCCUGCUGCUGUUUGUCUCCUAGAAAAUAAAUUGGAUGAAGACAUGCAUCAAAAAAUUGCAAGGGAAAUGAACCUCUCAGAAACUGCUUUCAUCCGAAAACUGCACCCAACCGAUGACUUUACACAAAGCUCCCGCUUUGGAUUAAGGUGGUUUACACCAGCGAGUGAGGUCCCUCUCUGUGGCCAUGCUACCCUGGCUUCUGCAGCUGUGCUGUUUCACAAAAUAAAAAAUGUGAAUAGCGCUCUAACCUUUGUGACUCUGAGUGGGGAGCUAAAGGCCAGAAAAGUAGAGGACGGCAUCGUCCUGGACUUGCCUCUUUAUCCAGUCCAACCCCAGGACUUUCAUGAAGUAAAGGACUUGAUAAAGACUGCCAUAGGGGACACGCUGGUCCAGGAUAUCUGCUAUUCUCCAGAUACCCGGAAGCUCCUUGUCCGGCUCAGUGAUACUUAUGACAGGUCAUUUCUGGAGAAACUGAAAGUGAACACACAGAAUCUGCUGCAAGUAGAGAACACAGGGAAGGUGAAAGGACUCAUUCUCACCCUUAAAGGACAGCCUGGUGGGCAGACCCAAGCAUUCGACUUCUACUCCAGAUAUUUUGCACCGUGGGUUGGUGUGGCGGAAGACCCUGUAACAGGGUCUGCACAUACAGUUCUCAGCAGCUACUGGUCCCAGCAAUUGGGGAAGAAAGAUAUGCAUGCCUUUCAGUGUUCCUGCCGAGGAGGAGAGCUGGAGAUUUCACUGCGUUCUGAUGGACGGGUUGACAUUAGGGGUGGCGCUGCUGUUGUUUUAGAGGGCACGCUGAUGGCCUAGAGUUGGCUGUGCCCAGACCCAGCUAUCUUCAAUGACGUUUCGUAAAGAGAAACAUAAGGGGCUGCCUUUAGCUUAGCAAGCUUGCAUAGUAAUCUACUUAACCUCAUGUUAGACAUAGCAAAAUGAAGACACAUUAAUGGAUAUGUAAUAAUAUGCCCUGACUAAUUAACUAUUGAGUUUUGGUUCUACCUGUAUUUGAAAUGUAAGUAACUAGUAACAAAAAAUAAGGUUGUUCUUUGUGACUACCAAUCACAAAAUGAGGGACAAAUUUAUGAGGAAUAAAAUCAGACCAUUUAAACUUA